AUUUAUUUAUUUUUUUCUUUUUCAGAAAAAUGGAUAACGUUUGGGUGGAUAGUGCCAUAGGCGCAAUUAAGGUUGUGGCAUUCGUCUACGAUGUAGUUACAUACCCUGUAUACGCCGUCUUACAGAUGCCAUGGCAGAAGAAACAGUUGUCAAGAAGAGUUAAGGCUAAAGUUAUUGCAAAGGAUGAAAAAUCAAUUACAUACCGCUCAGUGGAUUCUCCCAAGGAGGUCCAUAUCGAUAUGGUCAAGCACAAUAUUGACACAAUGGAAAAAGUACUUAAUUAUACAGUUAAACAAUAUAAAGAAAAUAAAUGUCUGGGUACCAGGGAUAUCUUAGCAGAAGAGGAUGAAGUACAAGAAAAUGGAAGAGUUUUCAAAAAAUAUGUGAUGGGAGAUUACAAGUGGAGAACCUUCAAAGAAGUGAAUGAAGAAGCUGCUGCUUUUGGGCGUGGGCUAAGACUUCUUGGUCAUCAACCAAAGGAAAAUGUCAUUAUUUUUGGAGAAACUAGAGCUGAGUGGAUGGUUGCUGCUCAGGGCUGCUUCAAGCAGAAUUUUCCUAUUGUUACUCUCUAUUCAACUCUCGGCGAAGAGGCUAUAGCACAUGGCAUAAAUGAGACUGAAGGAACAAUAAUUAUAACAACACAUGAUCUAUUACCAAAAUUCAGAAACAUUCUCUAUAAAACACCUUCCAUUAAAAAAAUAAUCUAUAUGGAAGACCAAUUGAAAAAAACUGAUAUCACAGGAUUUAAAGAUGGUGUGGAAAUAUAUGCUUAUAAAACUAUUGUUAGCAAUGGUCGAUCUUCUAAUAUAGAAUGUACACCUCCAACCAAGGAUGAUAUAGCUAUUAUUAUGUACACAUCUGGUUCAACUGGUGUACCUAAAGGUGUUUUGCUCACGCAUAAUAAUAUGAUUGCAACUCUCAAAGGAUUUACUGAUAGUGUAGCAAUUUAUCCCAAUGACAUACUGCUUGGUUUUCUACCUCUGGCUCAUGUUUUUGAACUAUUGUCAGAGUCAGUCUGCUUUAUGAGAGGAACGCCUAUUGGUUAUUCUUCAGCUCUAACACUGAUUGAUACCUCAAGUAAAAUAAAGCAUGGUGCAAAAGGUGAUGCCCCAAUGCUUCGUCCAACUUGUCUAACAGCUGUACCGCUUAUCUUGGAUAGAAUUUAUAAGGGAAUCAAUGACAAAGUAGCUAAAAAUACUCCUUUUAAGAGAGCACUAUUCAAUUUCGCCUUUGCUUACAAAAAGAAGUGGAUGAGGAGAGGUUUCUCAUGCCCUAUUAUUGAUAAGAUCAUUUUUGGGCAAACAAAGAAGUUACUAGGUGGAAGGUUAAGAGCUAUAUUGGCUGGAGGGGCACCCUUAUCACCAGAUACUCAUGAUCUCAUCAGAAUAUGCUUAUGUGACACUGUUACGCAAGGUUAUGGUCUCACUGAAUCUUCUUCAUCCGCUACUGUUAUGGAUAGGUAUGACAGAUCAACUGGUCGUGUAGGAGCACCAACCACUGGUUGUGAUGUCAGGUUGGUAGAUUGGGAUGAGGGUAAUUACAGAAUCACCGAUAAGCCUUUCCCGAGAGGAGAAAUUAUCUUAGGUGGUGAUAACAUUUCUCCUGGAUAUUUUAAGAACCCUGAAAAAACAAAAGAAGACUUUUUUAAUGAAGAUGGUAGAAGGUGGUUCAGAACAGGAGAUAUUGGUGAAGUCCAAGAAGAUGGUUCCAUAAAAAUCAUAGACCGUAAAAAGGAUCUUGUAAAACUGCAGGCUGGAGAAUAUGUUUCGCUCGGUAAAGUUGAAUCUCAAUUGAAGACUUGCCCAAUUGUUGAAAAUAUUUGUGUUUAUGGAGAUUCGCAUAAGGAUUAUACCGUUGCCCUUGUUGUACCAUCACAGCCCCAACUUGAAGUUAUAGCUAAACGGUUAGGUCUUAUGAGUCUUGAUUUUGAUGAGCUAUGUGUAGAUCCUAGGGUUGAGAAGGAAGUUCUUCUUCAGCUCAUAGAUCAUGGCAAGAAAUGCAAAUUAGAAAAAUUUGAAAUUCCUGGAGCAGUUAAGCUUUGCUCCGAAGUCUGGUCACCAGAUAUGGGUUUGGUAACAGCAGCUUUCAAGUUGAAGAGGAAGGAUAUUCAGGCUAGGUACCAGCACGAGAUAAAUAGAAUGUAUGCUUCAUGA